GUGCAUCGCACGGGUACGAGUCUAGUAUUGACCAAGAGAAUUGAUGUGGAUCAGGGCAUCUAAAACUAUUGGGUCCAGCCCAAAUCCAAAAGAGGAGCAAAGUCGCAAAUACUGAAGAAGAAAAAAAAGAAUGCGGUGUCCGUACUGCGCGGCGACCCAGGGACGGUGCGCCACCACAUCGAGCGGCCGAUCAAUCACAGAGUGCAGCUCCUGCGGCCGUGUUGUGGAGGAGCGCCAGACGCAGCCCCACCACCUCUUCCACAUUCGCGCACAGGACUCCCCACUAUGCCUCGUCACCUCCGACCUCCCCACCCUUCCCAUCUCCGCCACCGCUUCCGGCGCCUCCAACAACGACGACGAAGACCCGUUUGAGCCCACCGGUUUCAUCACCGCCUUCUCCACAUGGUCACUCGAGCCAUACCCGGUGUUCGCCCAAUCCUCCAUUUCUUUCGCCGGACAUCUAGCCGAGCUAGAACGCGUGCUCGAAACUACAUCGUCUCCUUCAAAUCCUUCGAGCCCCUCUGCGGUGGUGGAUAACAUUAGGGCAUAUUUGCAGAUUAUCGAUGUGGCUUCAAUCCUGGGACUGGAGUAUGAUAUUUCUGACCACGCAUUUCAGCUCUUCAGAGACUGUUCUUCAUCCACUUGCUUGAGGAAUCGAAGCGUUGAGGCGCUUGCCACUGCUGCUCUUGUUCAAGCUAUUAGGGAAGCUCAAGAACCCAGAACGCUUCAGGAAAUAUCACUUGCUGCCAAUUUACCUCAAAAAGAAAUCGGAAAGUAUAUCAAGAUCCUUGGAGAAGCUCUACAGUUAAGUCAACCUAUUAAUAGCAAUUCAAUAUCAGUCCAUAUGCCGCGGUUUUGUACACUGCUUCAACUGAACAAAUCUGCUCAGGAGCUAGCGACUCACAUCGGCGAGGUGGUAAUGAAUAAAUGCUUCUGCACUCGCAGAAACCCCAUCAGCAUCUCCGCCGCUGCAAUAUACUUAGCCUGCCAGCUCGAAGAUAAGCGAAAGACCCAAGCUGAAAUCUGCAAGGUAACCGGACUCACUGAGGUCACGCUUCGAAAAGUGUACAAGGAGCUUCUGGAAAACUGGGAUGAUCUGCUCCCCUCGAACUACAGUCCAGCUGUCCCUCCAGAGAAGGCUUUCCCCACAGCUACUGUUGCAUCAGGGCGUUCUUCAAGCACUAGGGCUGACAUCAUCAUUGAAGCGAUUUCUUCUGAGCGCGACAAACAAGCUGAAGCUAAGGUGAGUAAUAUAUCACACAUGGCUUUUGGUCAUCAGGCUGAUGGUGAUAGAAAAGAUCCAAUUGGUAGUUGUAGUUGCAGUAGUCAUGCAAUGGAAAUUGAUCCUCACCCCAAAAUUCUUGAGAUGCAAGUAGAGAUCAAUACUGCAAGGGGCGUUUCUGGGAUUUCAAGAGUUCCCAUGCCAUUCUUCUCUCAUUUUGAUUCUCAGUUACUGCAACCACCAGUGAACAAUAUUAAGCAAGAUGAGAACAAGAACUGAUGUGGCAAUAUGCUUGUUGUAAGUUGGAAUGUACAGUUUAUUGCUUGUUUCUUGUGGCAGUGUAAGGAAAGUUGUACUUUUGUUCUUCUUUUGUGUUUCAACAUCCUCACUUUUGCACUAUUCAGAUACCUUUGACCAUUUUCUAGUAGUAUUGCAUUAAAUCUUUCAUGGCCACUAAACCUAUCACCAUCUUCCUUUCUUUCUUCUUUUCUUAUUUGCGGUGAUAUCCACAUGGAUGGAUAUGAUGAUUUCAAAAUUCUUUUUCAUUCAAUCUUUUGGUCAUCGGGUCUUCUUCUUCAUCAGAUCUGAAGGAGUAAGUCUUGUUUUCGUUAGAUCUGAAAAUUGCAUAGAUUCUGUCCACCGAGAUAGAUGGUUGCCGGCCACUGCUGUUCAAUUCGUAUAGGAAGAAGACUAACUCGAGGUACUGACCAUUGAUUUCUGGUGCUGCCGGUGAUGAGCUGAAGAAGGACAAACUGGAAUUUAGGUAGGGUGGCCGGUCGAGAGAGGUGUUUGGUGGCAGGGAGGCUGGUUGAGUGGGGGAUGAGAGAGGGGUAAUUUGGGAAAGUCAAAUACAUUUUCACUUUACCUAAAUCUGCGUGCCCGGUCAAAGCGGGAAGAUUAAUUGUGGACGGAGGGAGUAUGUUUGUUAAAAAUUGUAAAUGUACAAAAUGAGUAUUGUGUUAUUUACAUUAUAAAUUUACAUUGUGUAU